UCUAUAAUCUCUCUUACCGGCUACACCAAGACCCAUCAGCAAGAAGGAUUUGGCAUUAGAGAGAGGGAGAGAGAGAAGGAAGCGGCCUGUAAUGGAGUUUCUGUCUCUAUCCUCAUCACCGCCGUCCACGGCGGCACUGGCGGUUCCUUCGUCGUUAACUACCACUUCUCCGCCGCUCAGCCAUUCCCGAAGGCCAUUGUCUCCUGCUCUCGCUUUCCGACGGCGGCGAUUGGAAAUAACGCGUAGUCGUCGGAGGUCGCAGGUCGUGUGUAUGGCGCCAGAAGAAGAGAAGAUGACUCGCCGGUCUCCUCUUGAUUUCCCCAUCGAAUGGGAAAGGCCGAAGCCUGGGCGGAGACCAGAUAUAUUCCCCCAAUUCAGCCCAAUGAAAACACCAUUACCACCGCCAUUGCCAGCUGAUCCUCCUGAAGAAGACGAGGAAGAGGAAGAAAAGAAAGAGGAAGAAGAGGAAGAUCCUGAAGGGGAAGAAACGGAUAAGCCAGAACAGUAGUAGCAUUGAUCAGUCUUCUAGUUGGGAAGGGAAAAGGGAGUUUGUUCAACAUUUAGACUCGCAGACAUUGUUAAUACUAAUGGAUGUAUCCUUAUAAUGGCAGAGACAAGAUUAAGCUUUCUUUGCACAUUCAAGUUUCAUUUCAGAAACAUAUUUUUGCAAUUGUCGGAUUAAGGAUAGUUGUUAUUUUUUACUUUUUUUUCUGAGUUUCAUUAUUUUAUUUUUAUCUAUCAUACUGCAUUUAGAGGGGGCUUGAUGGAAUUUUGAAUCUAUUCUUUUUCAUGCAAAAGCUUUUGCUUUCUGUAAUGGUGGCACUGGCAAUGAAAUUCUUGUGUGCUAUACAACUUGAGACCCUUUUAUGAGGA